AUGGAUAACUCAGCAGAUAAUCAAAUUCAAUCACCAGCUGUGACCAGCCCAUCAGCUAAUGAAGAUCUCGAUCCUCGGAUUCAAAUUGAACUAGAUCGAUUAAAUUAUGCGAACGAAGCUAUCAACCAUUUAGAACUACAGCGUGAUGAAGCACGAAAAGCAUUGCAAGAACUUUUGAAAAUAUCACACGAAGAACUAGCUGAAUUGGAGAAAAGCAUUGGUUCAGCUGUGAUCAAAGCACGAAGCUAUUACGAAGCGCGAAUUCGACUACGAGAAGCAAGAGAAGUAUUAACGAAAGCAAAACAUCGAUUCGAACGCGCACAAGCCUUGCAUGUUGCAGCAAAAGAAUUAGCCAUUAUUUCAGCGGAUUAUGUCGAUGAAGCAGGAGCAGGAAUGUCCAAUGAAAAUGCAUCAGCAUGGGGUGAAACUUAUCGACAAGCUGUAGAAAAAGCUGCCGAUGCAGAGCGAGAGAAAUAUUUAGCUGAUUAUGAUCAACAGCGUGCUGAACGAGUCUAUGCAGACAUUGAAAUGUUAGUUGAAAAAUUAGAAAAAGAUUCGCGAAGAUCGAUUAACAAAUCAAAACCGUAUUACGAGAAGAAAGUUGAAUUCAACAAAGAAUUAGAAUUUCAAAGACGUAAAGUAUCCGGCUUGGAGAACUGCGUCCAAGAAGCCAAAGCUCAGUAUCAACAAUCAUUAAAGAAUCUCGAACUUAUUAGUAAUGAAAUUCAUGAACAACGAAAACACGGAAAAUCACUCAGCGAACUGGAAGGACCGACAUUAGACGUCGUCAGAGAAGAAAUUCCAGAAAUAAAACCAAAACCAUCAGAAUCUCCUGCUACCGACAAUCUUAAUACAUCACAACGAACAGAUUCAUCAGAUAACCAACUUGUUUCAUGUUUACUUCGCACAGAAAGUUUACCAACUGGAAUUUUUAGUAAAACACAUAGUCAGCUGUCACCUGGACCGAUCGAACCAAUCAAACAUCCAAGCGAAUUCAACGACGAAUUCUUUCUCAGCUCUAAACAAACCACAUCUACUGAUGGGAUGCGCGAUCGAGGCUUCAGUUAUUCAUCUCAAUUGACUAAUGACAGUGACGAUAGAACUGAGUCGCUUCAUGUUCUAUCCGACGAACAAAUCGGUCAUCUAUCUUCUAUGUAUUAUCCGUAUCCUACGGAAACAGACACAUUCGACGAACUUAUAUCUCAAUUACAAAACUCUAAACUUCAAGCUACAACAUUUUUUCGUAAUCUAUUCAAAACUAAUACUUUAAAAGAGUAA